CAGAGGGGAUUUUUUCCCUGUAAAUAGCCUAUGGCCUUGCACAGAAAGCAAAAGCGACAGCCCUUGCCCAUUUGAGAACUUAAGGAUUGUAAAAGCCAGUCAUCAUGAAAGAAACAAGCCUUUUGACAUUCUCAUCACUGUUAUUUCUCACUGGACCUGGGAGUUGUCGUUUGAAGUUAGAUAGCAUCACGGAGGCGAAAGGUGUGAGAGGACGGUCGGCCCUGCUGCCCUGUGAACUGAGUGGCCUCAAUGAAAACUUAAUCCAGAUUAUCAACAUUAGCUGGCACAGGUACCUGCCAAGGGAGUUGCUAGCUUAUACUGAUGGUGUUCAACUUAACUUGACAGCAACACAAUAUGUCAGGCGGAUCAGAAUGAGCCCAUUAUUCCAGGCCAACAUGUCCUUGCUGAUCAGCGAUUUACAAAAUGACGAUAGUGCUUAUUACCGAUGUGAAAUCAUUUGGAGCUAUAAAGGGAUGGCAAAGAAGAGGAGCCUUCAGAAAGAUGUUUUUCUGGAUAUUGAGGAAGUUCCAGUUUCCAAGCCAGUGGUGAUGAAAAUGCCUGAGCACCUUGUGGUUCUGUCUGGUGAUCCUUUCCAUCUGAGAUGCAACUCUGCCAUCGGAUCUCUCCCUAUCGAAUACUACUGGUACAAGCACAAACCGACAGACAUCCGAAUUGUUAGGAAGAUACAAGAAGGGAUGAAUUAUUCCAUAGAGUCCAGUAAAACCAGGGACACUGGAUUUUAUCACUGUGCUGCCCUCAAUAUAGCCAAUGGGAAAAAGCUGAAGGAAAGAAGUGACUUGAUUGAGGUGGCUGUAGCAGAACGUCCUCCCAAGCCUGUCGUUAUUGUGGAACCUCCAGCAAACACCAUUGAAGAUGGGCAGCCCGUCCACCUUUUCUGCAAAGUGCCUGGUGUUCUGAAGGCCAUUCAGUAUCGCUGGAGGAAGGACAAGGUGCUCGUCCAACCCAGCAGUCAAAAUGAAAGCCUUCAAAACCUUACACUCCACAGCUUAGUUCAGAACCAAAGUAUUACCUAUGAGUGUGGUGUCACCAACAAUGUGAGAGGACGUUUAUUUGAAACGUGGAGUGAUGAGGUUAAGCUGACUCCUUCGGCAGGCAACACAAGUUUGGAUCUACAGGCGUUAAUCAGCAGCACAAGUGUUGUUGGCAUCAGCCUCUUCAUUUUGUUAUUGACUGGGAUUGUAGUUCUACUUUUCAAAGUGCAGAGAAGCAAGAAAGCAAACUCCAGAAACAAAAGCAGCAAGCUGUUGAGAAACAACUCAAAGAACCAACAUAAAAUACCGAGAAGCAAUGAAGACAAGAGCCUGAAGUCUGAAAAUAGGACUGUGCAACCGCACAUUAAAAAAGCUGAGGACCUCAAAACGGCAGCAGUGCUCCGGGAAAAGAUGGAGACAGCGUCUUGGAACCAUCAAUACAAUGCUCUCCGGAUGGACAAAAGCCAGAAAUACACCAGCAAUUUUGUGCAACCGUAUGUUAUACCAAAGCCCAGUCCAUGCAUCAAAGAAUUGGAUAAUGUGUCUUUGGAUUCAACAUAUGCAGUUCCUGCUUCUCUCCGCUUAAAUAUUCCCAGUACUCCAGUCGAAACAGACCCAGAUGAAAUCUAUGAUGUUCCACCACGAAGAAUGUGAUUCCAGAAAGUUCCGCCCAGGAAAAUCCAGCAAGUUCGAGUUUAGGAGAAGCCAAGGAAACAAUUACAGGGGGAUCGAUGGCAUAAGUGUCAUCUUAUUAACUUCAAAGAAUAUAACGAGGAAUCAACAUCUUUAGAUUUGAACAAACUGGAAAAGAACAAGAAGA